GCCUGUCUGCUACAUUUGCUAACAAGGAAAAACUCAGGAAGAGAUGAUGGCAGACUCGGGACCCGAGGAAAUAGCGGUGAUCGGGAACACCGACCUCACAUCGGCAGAACUAGAGAACAACAUUAAAAACACGAUGGUCGAGAUUGAGAAAUGGACUAGUCUUCUAAGAAAGAUGGAGAUCAGCGUUGGAGAGGCAGAGAAAAGGACUGGGAAGAAUACAGUCAACAUGCAGGAGAUAUACACUGUUUACCUAAUUGAGACACGGCCGGUUGAUGCUGUGACAGAAGGUAUAAUCCCAGCCCCAGACUCCUUAUGGAGGAGAUACAGCGAGUUUGAGCUACUCAGAAACUACUUGUUGGUCACUUAUCCCUUUGUCGUUGUUGCCCCAUUACCCGAGAAGAGGGCAGAGAUUGUGUGGCACAAGCUGUCAGCGGACAACAUGGACCCAGACUUUGUGGAGAGAAGGAGGGUUGGACUGGAGAACUUCCUGCUCCGAUUAGCCUCCCACCCAGUUCUCUGCAACGACAAGAUCUUCUACAUCUUCCUCACUGAGGAAAAAGGAUGGAAGGAAAUGGUGUACGAGACAGGAUUUCAAGCAAAGGCUGAUUCCAGGUUGAAAGCUAUGAAUGCAGCAUUCAGGGUGAAGAAUCCAGACAAACGGUUUACAGAGCUGAAACACUACAGCGACGAGCUACAGACUGUAGUCUCCCAGCUGCUGAGAGUACGGGCAAGGGUAGCAGAUCGACUGUAUGGGGUGUACAAAGUGCAUGGAAACUAUGGACGAGUCUUCAGUGAGUGGAGUGCCAUAGAGAAAGAGAUGGGAGAUGGACUACAAAGUGCUGGUCAUCACAUGGAUGCGUAUGCUGCUUCUGUAGAUGAUAUUCUGGAGGAAGAGGAGCACUAUGCUGAUCAGCUGAAGGAGUACCUAUUCUAUACUGAGGCACUAAGGGCAGUGUGCAGGAAGCAUGAGUUGACACAGUUUGAGUUGGAGAUGGCUGCACAGGACUUAGCCUCUAAGAAACAGCAGAAGGAGGAGCUGGUCACAGGGACUGUGCGGACGUUCUCACUGAAGGGGAUGACCAGUAAGCUGUUUGGCCAGGAGACUGCAGAGCAGAGGGAGGCUAAGUUACAAGUGUUAGAACAGCAGAUAGAGGAGGGAGAGGAGGCUGUGAAAGAGAAGAACACCGAGAGCGAUGAGUUUGUGAAGACUGCCUGGUUAGACAUUGAGCACUUUAAAGACCAAAAGGACCGGGACCUGAAGGAGGCCCUGAUUAGCUAUGCAAUCAUGCAGAUCAGCAGGUGUAAAAAGGUGACACGUCCCCACAGAUACUUAAAAUGUAUUGAGUAUUCUGCCUGUAAAAAAGGGAAUACAAAUGUGGACCAACGCAAAGGAGUGUUUCAACAAGAUGUGAUCUUCAGGGCCGAAACAGGCUCCAAACAAACAUCAAAACAUGCUUUUUUUCAGGGGACUCCUCCUGGGGUUGCAUCCCAAAUUGCACUCUAUUCCCUAAAUAGUGUGCUACUUUUGACCAGAGCCCUGUGGGGUCUGUUCACUAUAUAGGGAACAGGGUGCUUUUUGGGACAGAUUCCUGGACACAGUCCCUAUGAUCCUUAUGGCAACAUUGAUCAUGUAUGCUCAAGAACAAAUAAAUAAUUAUUAUUUUUCUAUAUCUUUAUCAUGUCCGAUUGCUAGCUGCCUUGAUUUGAUCGACUUGCAAUUGCAGUUAUUUCUCAGUGACUGUCUGACAAAUGUGUUUUUUCAUACAAAUGUAUUUUCGCUGAAAUGCUGAUUUAAGGUUAUUCACCAAGCACUUAUAUUAAUUUGUUUAUAGAGAUGCCAAGAAAUGUGGACUGAACCCAAUUUUCCUAUUCUGCCUUUUACACAAUGUUCAAAAUCACAUCAUAAGAUUAGUCUUGCAUAUUUUCUAUGAAUUCCCUGGUUUUCCCAAAAAUCCAGGCUGGAGGAUUCCAAGAAUCAGGAGGGAACAAGCAGGAAAUCCGGAAUUCUCAAACCAGGAUUAAUGGAAAACCAGAGAAUUUAUUGACAGUUCCAAGAAUUUUGCAACCCUACAUAAGAUUACAACUGUUUAGAUGUUUUGUUGUUGUUAUUGAACCUUUAACCAUGCAUGUCAAUUAACAACAAAUUAUUAUUUACAAUGGAGGCAGGAGGCAAUUAGACUAGUCCUAUAAGAAUGUGCUUGCCGUUUAUUUUACAUGCAUAAUUCACUUGUGUUUUUGUCAAUUUUAUACUUGUGGUUGGUAUAUUGACCUUUGUCUUUUCUACCCUCUCAGUGCAUUGUCCCAGUAUACUAAAAUAAGGUGUUCAACCUUUUCAGAUGUUUUUGUACAACAUUAAGAAUGUAACCCUCCUAUUUAAAUGGCUUACUGUACUUUGCCAUUCAAAACAUACUCAGGCACUUGGCCUUAAGUAACCACUAUGAUGAAUGGCAGGCUUGUCAUUUCUGAAGAGUGGGUGGGUCAGUGUUUUGAUAAAUCUAGCCAAAGGAACAGGAAGGUCACACAGGAAAGACAGGAUGUGAUAAUUUACUUAUGGUAGUGUUGUGCGUGUACUGGGGAUGCAGCCAAAAUGACUACGUAUGCUCUAUAUAGUGCAUUACUUUUGACCAGAGCACUAAGGGCCUUGGUCUAAAUUAGUGCACUAAAUAGGAAAGGGUGCAAUUUGGGACACAACUCUGGCCUCUUGCAUCUCUGUUCACUCUAAGGGCUAGGGGAGGAGGUGCAAUGUUAAUCGUGAAUUUGGGAUGAGAUCAGAGCGCUCUGGCAGGAAAUUGCACUGUUUAUGCGGUUGUAAGGUUGUAAUCAUUGUGCCAAAAAUACACUAAUAAAUAGGAAGAAUUCUAGUUUAAGGUCUCUUAAAAUCAUGUGUGUGGUGUGUUUGUUUAAAUGUUUAUAUAAAUUCAAAUAAACUACCGUAACCCUUA